AUGGCAGAGCACCAGGAGCUGGUGGCCGAGAUGCCGGCGGUGGCGCGGCUCGGUAUUCCCGACCGGCUGCGCCAUGCCCGGGAACGCCGGGCCCAGCAGCUCCGGAGCUGGGCCCAAGCCGAGCGGGAAGCACCGGGAAGCGAUGCUGGAGCCGAGAGGAAGAGGAGGAGGAGGAGGAAGAGCGGUGGAAGCGGUGCCCAUGGGAAGAGGGUGACGUUCCCGGAUAGCAUCCGGCUCUUGGAAGCGGCUGCCCGGCGAGAUGCUGAGGAGGUCCGACAAUUCCUGGCCAGCGGCAUCAACCCCGACCUGUGCAACGAGGACGGCCUCACCGCUCUGCACCAGAGCUGCAUUGAUGACUGCGGGGCCGUGGUGACCGCGUUGGUGGACGCCGGUGCCGACGUCAACGCCGUCGAUAGCGAGCUCUGGACCCCUCUUCAUGCAGCAGCGACCUGCGGCCACCUGGGCCUGGUGCAGCUCCUGAUCCAACGCGGAGCCGAUCUGCUGGCGCUCAACUCCGAUGGGAACAUGCCCUACGACCUAUGCGAGGACGAGGCGACGUUGGAUUGCUUGGAGAGCGCCAUGGCGGCGCAGGGGAUCACACAGGAGAAGAUCGAGGAGGCUCGCGGCGCUCCGGAACGCGGGAUGCUGGCGGAGAUCCGGCGCCUCCUGGAUGCUGGAGAGGACCUGGAUGCUCCACGGGGCCAUGGGGCCACCUUGCUCCAUGUGGCCGCGGCCAAUGGGUACGUGGAGGCGGCGGAGCUGCUGCUGGAGCAUCGCGCCGGGAUCGCCGUCCGGGAUCGGGAUGGAUGGGAGCCACUGCACGCUGCUGCCUUCUGGGGACAGCUGCCUCUGCUGGAGCUCUUGGUUGCUCAUGGAGCCGACCUCAAUUCCAAGUCGGAGCUGGAUGAGACCCCCCUGGACGUCUGUGCCGAUGAGCGCACCCGCUCCAAGCUCCUGGAGCUGAAGCACAAGCGUGCUGCAGUCCUGAAAUCCCAGGAAAAGCACAAAUCCCUGCUCCAGCGCCGCGCUUCCAGCGCCGGGAGCCGCGGGAGGGUCGUGCUCCGCGCCAGCCUCUCGGAGCGCAGCAGCCGCUACUGGCGCGAGCACCAGCGCGAGGCCCUGGUGUGGGAGCGGCGCCACCAGGAGCCCCAGGUGAUUCCCAAUGGGAGCGGGCUGGGAGCAAUGGGAGCGCUCCCGGCGUUCCCAACCCCUCCCCUGCCCCCCCUCUGUGCUUGGGCCCUGUAGAAUCCAAUGGGAUCGGAGCCGGAGCAGCCCAAUGGGGCCCUCAACCCCCCCCACACCUUGGCCGACCUCAAGCGGCUGCGGGCGGCUUCUAAGGGGCAGCGGCUGGAGCGGGAGCAUCGGGAUCGGGAGCAUCGGGAUCAAGAUCAGGAUUGGGAUCGAGAUCGGGAUCAUCGGGAUCGGGAUCGAGAUCGGGAUCGGGAUCAUUGGGAUCCGGAGCCGCCGCUCCUGAAGCUGACGGCGCCCUUGGAGGAGGCUCCGGGUGGGAAGCGCCGGUGCUGCCGGGUGAUGUGA